ACUUUCAGAGCUGGGCCAGAUGAGUGAAGCUUGGCUCAAUAGCUGUGGGAUACCAAUGUGUGUCUCUACACAGUACGUGAGGAGACUGCCAAAUAACCUUAGAUCCCAGAGAACAAGAGUCCAUUUUGAACCCACACAAGCAAAUCAAUUCAUGUUGUCUCACUGUGAGGAAGAGACGCUUGCUGAAAUACCUGCACUACUGUGUGUAUUAAAAUGCCAAUGGAAAUGUGGAUAAUUGUGUCGCUCCUUCUCAUGCGCCCGGCUUUCUGCAGCAUUUCCCUGGAUGGUUUCCACGGCCAGUUCACAUCUCUCAAUUACCCCCAAGGCUAUCCUGACAAUGAGCAGCAAAGCUGGGAUAUCCAAGUUCCGAGGGGCUAUGGCAUCAAACUCUACUUCAGCCACAUCAACAUUGAGCCAUCAGCCAACUGUGCCUAUGACUAUGUGCAGAUCUUUUGUGAUGAAGCACUUCAUCCUCCAAUCUGUGGCAGUAGCAAAGAGGAGGGAGAUUUCCAAUUCCCCCAAGAAUACCAGACCACAGGAAAUUGGAUGAAAGUCACUUUUAAAUCAGAUUUCUCCAAUGAAGAACGUUAUACUGGAUUUGUUGCCUACUAUACAGCAGUUGAUGUCGAUGAAUGUAAGGAAGAGGAUCCUUGCAGCCAUUAUUGCAACAACUAUAUUGGAGGAUUUCAUUGCUCCUGCCGCCCAGGCUACUUCUUGCAAGAAAACCAAAGAAUCUGUGGGGUGAACUGCAGUGGGGAAGUGUUCACAAAAUUCAAGGGUAUCAUCACCAGCCCAAAUUAUCCUGAAACUUAUGCAGAGAAUUCCGAGUGCCAUUACAGAAUCCAGAUCGACCCAGGAUUUGAGGUGAUCCUGCAAUUCACAGAGGACUUCGAGGUGGAAGGGGAUCCUUCAACUGGCUGUUUGUCUGAUAUCCUGAAGAUCACAUCCGGAGCCAAGGAAUAUGGCCCCUUCUGUGGAGAUAGUGCUCCGGUUAUUCAUGAACUUCUGUCAAAUGAGGUGGAGAUAACUUUCCGCACCGAUGAUCAAGGAGAGAAGAAAGGGUGGAAAAUAAUGUACAAAUCAACCGCCAAGCAAUGUCCCACUUACAUCUUGGAGCAUAAUGUUAUUCAGCCGAAUAAAUCAGAGUAUGAUUAUAAGGACAUUGUACAACUGAGCUGUGAUGUUGGGUUUGAGCUCUACGAUUCAAAGCAAAAAGAGCACAUCAGUUCCGCCAUGCUGCAUUGCCAGAAGGAUGGGACAUGGAACAGUGACUCAUAUUCUUGCAGACCUGUGAACUGCGGACCUCCCAGUAAACUGACAAAUGGACGUGAGAACUUCACAUCCACAGUUUACAGACACUGGAAUACGUACAGCUGUGAAGAACCAUACUAUAAACUUGAAGGAAACGCUGUCUUCGAAUGCUCGGCUGAUGCUGAAUGGGUGGACGUUACGAGUCACCAGACGACCAUGCCCAAGUGUAAACCAGUCUGUGGGAUGAGCCGACUCUCCUCUAAACCUGGGCGCAUCUUCGGUGGCAGACCAGCUGAGUUGGGCGAUUUUCCCUGGCAGCUGCGUUUGAUCAUUGGUGGAUCUGCAUAUGGGGGUGGAGCCCUGAUAUCCGAUGGUUGGGUGCUGACGGCUGCUCAUCUCUUUGACAAUUCGCAUCAGGUGAAUAUCCAUGGUGGGAUUGUUGACAUGAGACAUAGGUCACGAGAAAACCAACUCCCUGUGGAAGAGGUCAUUGUGCACCCAGACUAUAGGAAACAAGUCCAAAUGAUCUGUGCUGGAAAAAGUGGUGUGGACUCCUGCCAGGGUGACAGUGGGGGACCCUUUGUGUUCAAGGAGGCCCAGGACCAGAAUCGUUAUGUGACCAGGGGCAUUGUGUCUUUUGGACCCAAGAAUUGUGGCGUUAAUGGGGUGUACACUGAUGUGGAGAAGUAUCUGGACUGGAUUGACACAACCAUAAAGAAAUACGAAAGCAACGAGGAGAACUGAAUUAAUCCAUUGUGUUGUCAAUCACAAUAAAGUGUAAUGGUGAAUUUGUGUAUUUCCCUCUUUCUUGCCAUUUCCCUUUCUGUCUCUUUGUGUUCCUCUUUUUCUCCUUCUGAGAAACAAGAUGUUUUGUGGAGGUCAUACCCUUCUUCCUAUUUCUCAGUCUCUUUCUCACACUAUCUCUGUCUUCAAAUCUCUCUCUCUUUCACUUUCCAUAUGUGAAGUUAAUUGAAAUGAAAUAGUUCUGCUUCCCAUUUAAAAUGAUGACACCCCA